UCAUUCCUCCAUGCUCUCUUUAAACUGAAAAAGGAAAAAAAAAAGGAAAAGAAGAAGCAUGGCAAAGAGUAAGACCUUCGUGUUCUUGAUCUUGGCUUUACUUCUGCUGUCUACAGCACAAAGCAGACUUCUGCCAACCAGUAUUCUGCAACAAGGUGAUGAACCUCAGAUGCCAGUUUCUUCACCAGAAUCAAGUUACAGUGAUGAUGAGUGCAACGGCUUGGGUGGUGAAGAAUGUCUGAUUAGGAGGUCCUUGGCUGCUCAUACGGAUUAUAUUUACACCCAGGAAAAAGAUGAACCGUGAUCUUCUUGUUUGCUUCUUUGCUCUUGUAAUGUUUUACCAGUAGAAAGUAAUCAAACUCGCGUUUUGAACUGCUUACUUUAGAUGUUGAUUUUCCCGUUCACUUAAACUCUUAUGUACUAUACCCAAGUUAUGGCCCUGUAAAUUGUAAUGAGCCUGUGUUAUAUGAUAGGACUAAAUAUCUGAACACAAGAACGAAGAAUUCAAUCUUUAAUUCUCAUGUAGGCGUUAAUUUUG